AUGAAAACAAAAGAUGCAAAUGGAGAAGACACCGUUCGAAAAGUAUUAUGCCAUGGGCUUCAGCUACUAAUGACUAAAAUUCCUUCACAAUCACUUGUAGAAUUCAGCAUGAAGAACUCGACAUCAUUUUUAUUUAUAAUUGACUUCACAUUUAGUGAUUUAAACAAGGCUCGCUUAAGAGAUGACAGCAGUUUAGAAAGACACAUAGAAAUAAACCCUUACUCCACAGUUAAAUUCGCAGAAUUUUCCACAGAUGGCCAAUUUUCCUAUAAAUACUCAUACAAAUACCAAAAACUAAGCCAAGACCCUAUAAUCAAGCGAGUCCAUAUCAGUGAAGAAUUGGAACUAGUUAUAAACCAAAAUGACAUCGAAAAAACCAUCAAUUUCGAGCUUAUCAAUGGUAGACCUGAAAUGAUCCACUUCGAGCUUAUAUUCCUUGAUAUGAGUGAUAUCUUAAACUUAAAUUUGGGUUGAACUUUUUGAGAGAAGUCACACUCAGAUAUAUUUCAGUCACUCCUCCGUUACUGCUCCUCAUUGAUGAGGGCUUGCAAUCGCUACCUGUAAGUCAGAUUCUCUGGCACCGUGCCCACACUGAUGGGAUUCAGCUUCUGAAAUUCGAAAAAUCGAAUUUUCUGGCCAAGAUAUAAACUCCUAGUCCACGACAUAAAGUCUGGCAUCGAGCUGGGAACCGUUCCUGAUUGACCAGGAGGAAUCUCAUUGAUGCUGGUGGGACUUCCCUUUCCAACCCUGAGCUUCAUCUUUCUACUAGGUAAAACCUUCGACUUGGAUUGAGCAUGUGGUCAGCUAAUCCCAGCAUUGUGCUCUCUCACCAAAUCAAAAACCCCGGCCGGUUGCACAUUCCUGAAUGCCAUCCGCCCUUCCACAAGAUCUCUAGGUCUCCUAGCUGCAUUUUAAGAGUGUGGCUGUUUCGCCAUUCUACUUUAAUGCAUGAUAUGAGUGGUAUUAAACCGCCUAAUGGCUCCAUGCAAAUUGUAAUAGACUUACCUCCAAAGUCUGCAAGAACGUUCUGUGAGUUAAGCUUUGCUGGGAUCUGGUCAUAUAAAUACACAUACAAAUAUUACCUAAAACCAGCUGAUGUAAAUCUCGAACAAAUAAAAAGAGAGCAAAACCAAGAGCUUGAAGAUGCAAAAUUCCAAAUUAGAAGUGUGCCUGUAGAUGUGGUCCCAUUAAAGUAUUUAGAAAGGAUUUUUGGUGAAAACAAAUUUACUGAUCAUUUAUUUCCACCCAAUGAUUAUUCAAUACUCGGCUAUGUUUCAGAGCAACUCAAUGAAAUCCAAUGAAGAAGGCCAGGAGAUUUUAUGGUUGGGGAAAUCAAAAUUUAUGAGGAUGACUUAGAAGACAGCACAAUUAUGCAGGGGACCAUUGAAAAUAAUUGACUUAUGGCUUUGAUAACUACACUGCUAGAAAAAACGGAACAUAUAAAAAAUAUGUUUUAUGAAAAUUCAGGAAUUAAUAAAAAUGGCAUUUAUAGAGUCAAGUUAUUGAAAAAUGGGGAAAAUCAUACGAUGACAAUUGAUGACUAUUUUCCUUGCCACACAGGGAUGGGGCCGAUAUUUAAUUGCAAUCAUGGUCCUGAGUUAUGAGUUAUGCUACUUGAAAAAUCAUAUGCAAAAAUUAACGGGUACUACUAUUCCCUAAGGAAAAUCAAACCUACAGAUUCAAUUAUUGAUCUAACUGGGUGCCCUUCUUUUUCUUAUACUUUACAAUCUUUUGGAAGCUCCCUAUGAAAUCAGUUAAACUUUUGAAAAUCUGAAGGAGCCUCUUUGGUUGUCUCCACAAAAGAAUUAUUUUCAAGCACAGGCAUUUUACAACAGCGCUUUUUUUAUGUCAAUAGAUUAGAAACAGUAAACGAGACAGAACUUAUUCAAUUGAAAAACCCAUGGGAUGAAUAUGAUUGAACUGGAGACUGAAGUGAUCAAUCUCCUUUAUGGACUCUAGAAACUCGUGAAACGCUGAGAAUUGAAUUCGAUAACAAUGAUGGGUCAUUUUGGAUAUGUAUAAAUGAUCUUUUCAUAUACAUAAAAUGGCGUAUGGCGACCGACCCACCCUCUCAGUGGUGGUUACCCAUGUAUAUCCGGGCAUGGUUUUUGGAGCCAGGAAUUAGCCCAACAACAUCUGGGACCUCGAAGCGAGAGGCCUAAGCGCGAGAGCCGCUGUUUUUGCGACCAGAUCCAUGGGCAGUUAUUCGUGACUUCUUUUUGCCAGCAGCGCUCAGCCCAGUGAGUGCCCGAAAUGAGGCAGGGUGAAUUACCUGCCUAAGUUGCUUUAGUGGCUCGCCCCGAAUGGCGAAAGCUGUUGAGUUCUUUCUCGGGAUGACCGGAAAAGAGGGGAGGCGAGUUAGACACCAAAACGGGGGUCUCUCCAGUUGAAAAGGUGCCCUUCAAUGGGCAUCUCUGGCGGACGACGAAGCGGAGUUGGCGUAAACUUAGGCGACGACGAUCCAAGUUGGAAAUGGAGGUGGUCAGCAAAGCCGGUAUGAGACGGCCCUUGACAAUGCCUCUACCGAGAAACCGGGGGUUUCGGCCCGGGCUUGGUGAACGCUCUGCCACCACACGGGAAACCGUGGCAUGCGACCUCGGACGUAGUAGGGACCUUAAAUACCCAGCGUAAUCUUAAUCUUAAUAUGUAUAAAUGAUCUUUUCAAAAAUUUUGAAAAUAUUAUUGUUUCAAGGAUCAAAAAAUAUAUAGAAUAUAGAUUAAAGACCUUGAUGGAAAAAUAUGAAAACAUAGGAAAAUCGACGCAUUGUUGGGAAAUCGAGAUAAGUGAGCCUACAAAAAUGUUUAUUGGUGUCCAUCAAGAAGAUGAAAACAGUAUAGGAGCUAGAGAACUAAGGAAAUACCUCGACCUAGGGUUAGCGAUCCUUAGAAAAACCGCAUUUGGCUAUGAAAAUUAUUUCAAAACCCAAACAACUAGAUGUGUUCGUGAAAUUUACUGGGAAGGAAGCUUGGAAACAGGCAGCUAUUUAGUAAUCCCAACAAGCACUGCAGCUUCUCUAACAAAACCUGCGGAUUUUAUCCCUCUAAAGUUUCCUUUAAUUACUGAAAUGGGCGAUCUCCAUCCAAUAUUUAAAAACAUAAUCCGAGACUUAUACAGAAGACUAAGUUACAAUGUAAACGCCCCAUUGAAUUUCGACGAAUUUUUUAAUUUCAAUAAAAAACUUGGGGUCUACAUAACCUCUGAUAUUUUCGUCAAAAAUAUUUUAAGCAAAUACACAAGUACCCAUGAUGGGUUGACAAGACAAGGAUUUUUCGAGAUUUUUAUUGAUAAUUUAAAAGAAGGAAAAGAAGGAGAAGAGAGGGUGAGGAACUGGCUGUGCUUAUUAGGGUAUGAUGAACACUUCUACUCAAUCGAGUCAAAGCCACUUAUUUUGAGUUUUCAAGGGGAAACUGACUUUAAAAUAGCAAGACAAGAAUUAUCACCUGAUAUCAAUUCGUUUAUAUGGCAAUAA